AUGGAAGCUAACCAGCAAGCCAUAAAUCCAUCUGGUCUUCAUCCCGAGCUAGUGCACGACACAGAACAGGCCAAUAUCGGAGGCCUUGCUGAUGUCGGGAUUUUUCUCGUCGAACGAGAGCUAUCUCCUGAUACCAGCAUCGACCUGGUAGGAGAUGGCGCCGAUCCAGUCGCUGCCCCAGCCCCUGCGGGCGCAGCCGACGCGUCCGGCGACACGGCAAGACUCCUUCAGAAACGCGUCCUAGACCUCAACCGCGAGGCGGCGAGCUUGCUGGAGCAGCACAGCUCGGGCACCUCGAAGCGUAUGAUCGAGUUCAUCUAG